GUAGGGGGAGAGGCCAGUGGAAGUGAAGACUGGUGAGGCUAAAAUACUCAGACUUCAGGCUGAAAUACCGUACGGGUUGGUUGUGAAAAAACAAUAUGUGGAUUUCAGACAAAACAUCCCCACAGCAGCCCGGAGGCUUCAAACAGCGUGUCAUUAAAACACUGCUGUACUGCACUGGAGAAAUGCAACAAUUUCACAUUCAAAUGCAGGAUAAAUUCUUCCCGCUGCAGUUGGCUGAAUGUUGUUUGCGUGGGAUUUCGCGAGUGAUUCUGGUAAAUAACCCCCUGAGUGGAGCUCUGAUUUUGACAGCGUUACUGCUUGAGAGCCCCUGGCAGACUCUGCUGGGGAUGCUCGGCCUCUUGACCUCAAACCUCACAGCUGUAAUGCUGGGACAGGACUGUGCGGAGGUAUCCAGUGCCCUUCAUGGUUUUAAUGGAAUGCUUGUGGCUUUGCUGAUGGGUGUGUUCAGCUCUGCUGGUGAAUGGUAUUGGUGGCUACUGCUGCCUGUCUGUAUUGGUGGAGCUACAACAACAUUUCUGUGGAGUGGUUUGGCUCCAAUUCUGGACCGGUGGGACUUACCAGUCAGUGUCUUUCCUUUUAACAUGGUCAUCCUCCUCUAUCUGGCCUGUACUGGCACCUCUAACCCAUAUUUUCCAAACUAUCCAGCUCUGCAACCAGGAGCGCCAGAGAGCACCAACCACACCAAACUGCAUGUGUCACAGCUCCUGCAGGGGGCGGUGCUGGGCGUGGGGCAGAUUUUUGCUUGUCAGACUAUAGGGUCAUCAUUGCUCAUCAUGGUCGCUGUUCUACUUUUCUCGCCCGUUUUGGCUUUCCACUCCCUCCUCGGGUCUGUCAUUGGCACUGUGGCAGGUCUGUCUGUGUCAGUGCAGCGGGGCUUUUUGUACUCCGGUCUUGCGGGGUUUAAUGGCGCUCUGGGUUCUAUGACCGCGGUGACUUUUUUCAUCUUAAAUUGGAGAACACAACUUUUAUCUAUAGCAAGUGCCAUUCUUUCAUCAUACAUGGACUUUGCUUUGGGAAACUUGCUAGGAUUUGUGGGUCUCCCAGCCACCAGUUGGGCUUCUACUCUCAUAGGCACUUUGAUGCUGCUGCUGACCGGAAAAACCUCAGAGAAUACAGAAUCCCAAGGGGACAAGUAACCUCACCAGAAAUAAACUUUCACUCACGCAUCCAAUGGGCAGAGGCCAACACGAAUGUUGAUGAUGCAUGAGAUGAAU